UUCUAUAUUUAUUACGCAGCCCCCCACCUAGUGGAACACAAAUAUCUCCCGUCAAGAUGAGAUCGCAAUCGAAGCGACCGACUUCGAGGGUUACUUUCUCAGGUCGCGAUCGAGUAUCGUUGAUCAGUGGAACGGCAAGCACAUGCUCCUCCGAGGGCGUGGAAAGUUUAAACUUUAUCGAUCUCGCUUUAUCAAGCGAUGCUGUGGAUAAACUGCAAGGAACGAUGGAACAUUUCCUCAGUAAAAUCCACAGUUUAAACGAACUUGUUCGAAGCGAAACUGUUCAAACUGUCUUUGAAAACACUCAAGAAACGACGCCCGAUAAGAAAUAUGACAAAAUCAUCGAAGCUUUAACAGCGAGCACGAGCGAUGAUUCGAUAAAGAUGGCGCUGUCGGUUUGCGAGGGAACCGACCAAUUCGCUGACGUCAUAAACACUUUAAUUGAAUCGGUUGAUCGUCACGUUAACGAAGUCCGGACGCAACUCGUGCUCGCUGUUUUGUUAAACGAAGAUCCGAAGCUCGUAUCCCGUCGCGACAAAGUGUUCAGCCAAGCUCUCGUGGCUUCAAUCUCGGCCUUUUCGGCACAGCUUCGUUGUGCGAUUGCAGGAACGUUCAACAACAUGAAAACAUACGGGGUACGACCGGAAGAAGCGAGCAAGAAAUGGCUCGAGCAAUCGAUGUCGAUCGGAGCGGCUGUCAUCUUCCAAUCCAUGCUCAACCCCAACAUGCCCGAUGAGAACGCAAUGUUGGAAGAUAGUUGUAUCGGAAUCAAUGAUCUGGAAAGAGUUUCGUUUCAUUUCUGUGCGAUAACCGGUGAAGUGGAACCAAAUGAAUGCCCGUCCAAUGUUAAUCAAAUGCUCAGUGAUGCGUGUCAUAUUGACGUAAACGGAGUUGGGUUUUCAAUGGAAGGAAAUCGUUGCGCACUUAAAGUUUAUUUCCAUCUGGAUAAGCAUGUGUUUAUUAAACUACCUCCUCGAUUACAAGCGGGUGGGGGGGUCAAACUACUUCCAAUGCUCUUUAAUCACGGUCUAGAAGAUCUAGGCAACCAGUUAUACGAACAAGGGGUUACAAUGCAGGAGUUUAAUAAUUCUAUUAAUGAGAAAGCUUUGGGAAAGAUGUAUAACUACUACAAAAGGUUCCGAGCGUUCCACCUUGACCGUUCCAAGUUGCCCCGAGAUACUGAAGCCCGUGCCGUCUUGGUGGAUCGGUUGUCGCGUCCCUUAAACGCGUUGGAUGAGAUCAUGACUUUACUGGAAUCCAACGUCAAGCCUCGUCACGGGAAACCACAUCUUGCCACUAGUGGCGCUGGAGUGCUCACGCUGGUCGCAGAGUUUUGCAAUAGAUUGGGCGGUUGUCAUGUCAUAAUGUGUAACAAUGGGGUUCAUAGGUCAACAAUGGCCUGUUGUUUGGAACAAUCACUCAUUCUCGCUCGUUGCCAUGGGCUACCACCUCGUCAACUUAACUCGGCUGCUUUCCAAUUCAGCCACAUGGGGGCGCGCACGUACUGUGGAAUUAAAAACCCGGAAACUCGCGAUAAAACCGUUAAAUCUGCUCCGAGAUUGUUUCGCCCGACGACCCUUGAAACAGUAUCUACGCCGUGAUUGGUCAAUUUGGUCACAUGACUUUGGAACAGCAUUCCAUAACAACAUAGAAAUCAUAUUUCACUGUAGUUUGUACUUUUACUUUUUAUUGUAAAACAAAUCAUUCUGUGACAUCACAAACCUAAGUAUUCAGGUUCUUUUUACAGUUCCAUUUCAAAAUAAACAAGAAAAUUGUUUUAUUUUUAAUUUUUUUGAUUCUUUGAUUAUUCGGGCGCAAGCUUGCGCUCCCCAAUGUUUUGAUUUCGUAUUAAAUUCAAUGAAUUAAAAACUUUGUGGCAACACUA